GUUCUUGUUCUCAACCCCUCCUUCAUACUCGAUAUAAGCUUAAUGUUCAUUUAUGGCACGCAGACCCGCUGGGGCGAUCAACAGAGAAAAGGUAAGGAUGCGGUUGAUUAGGCUAGUGUACAGCAGAUUUGCUUGCCUCAACAGCUUCAAUUCAUAUUUCACCAUAGAUACUCAAAACAAGGUUCUCCCGCCGAUCUGGAAAACAGCGCCGGGCUCCCUCGAGUUAAGUCAAAUUCGUCCCAAAGCCGCCAGUCCAUACAGUAAACAUGUCCCAUUGAAGAUCCUUCAUGAACAGAAAAGCAAGGAGAAACCACCGUCAUCCCAUACCAGAAACCAUUGAGUAAAAGGAAAUAUAAGAGGCGACAAAUACAAGUCAGGCAAUUAGCGGGAAUAAACAACACGAAACGCCAGUCGGUCAAGAUUCACAAGACCUGCGAGGGGAAGAAACAAUUUAAGAAGAUUCCUCAUCGUCCUCGGGGGCAGCCUGA